AUGGCUGAGGAUCAACCACGGAGGGUGACUCUUAAAGAUUAUUCUACCUCGACCGUGCCACAAUUUUUCACAAGCAUUGCACGACCAGAAGUUCAAGCUCACAACAUCACAUAUCCUCAUUCCUUGAUCCAGUUGAUUCAAGGAAAUUUGUUUCAUGGUUUGCCGAAUGAAGACCCUUAUGCACACCUUGCUACUUAUAUAGAAAUCUGCAAUACUGUGAAAAUUGCAGGUGUGCCGGAAGAUGCAGUAAGAAUUAGCUUGUUUUCAUUUUCUUUGGUUGGAGAAGCCAAGAGGUGGAUGCACUCGUUCAAGGGAAACAACUUAAAAACUUGGGAAGAGGUUGUAGAGAAAUUUCUAAAGAAGUACUUCCUAGAGUCCAAGACAGCUGAAGGCAAGGCAGCUAUCUCUUCAUUCCAUCAAUUUCUAGAUGAAUCCCUGAGUGAAGCACUUGAGAGAUUUCGUAGCUUGCUGCGGAGAACACUGACUCAUGGAUUCUCCGAGUCGAUUCAACUGAAAUUUUUUAUAGAUGGUUUGAGACCGCAGUCCAAGCAGUUAUUGGAUGCUUCUACUGGAGGAAAAAUUAAGUUGAAGACCCCUGAAGAAGCAAUAGAGCUUAUUGAAAAUAUGGCUGCAAGUGAUCAUGCUAUUUUGCGUGAUAGGACUCAUGUACCCACAAAGAGAAGCCUGUUAGAGCUUUCUUCACAAGAUGCACUAUUGGCACAGAACAAGCUGCUAGCUAAGCAACUAGAAUCAUUGACGAAGACACUUAGUAAGCUGCCAACCCAAUUGCAAGUGACUCAACCUUCACAUUCAGCAGUUAUGCAGGUUGGAGGUUGUAGCAUACAUGGAGGAUCGCAUGAAUCUGGUUGUUGUAUACCUCUUGAAGAUUCUGCAAAAGAAGUGAAUUAUAUGGGAAAUCAACACAUACCAAGGUUUAAUGUAGGUGGAUUUUCAGGUUAUCAGGAAGCUUACAAUUUUAAUCAGAAUUAA